AUGACGGAAAAGAGGGUUAGACGGCCCGAGGAGGCGCACAGCGAGAAGCCGAACCGAGAGCGGCAGCGCAUCAAACGCCGUAGACUCGACGAAGCUGCUAAGGAAUCUCCAAAGGCGCCAAAGAAGUCGCCCAAGAAGUCGCCCAAGAAGGAUGCUGGUGCAAUUGCAAAGGCCGACGGGGAGUUGGCUGUGUCCAAGGAGAUCAGUGUGGUAAAGCCGACGAAUGAGGAGAAAAGGACCGCGGAUGGCUGGCGAUUGUCGUCUCAGGCGGGCGGCCGUCUACUAAACCUGGAUCCUGUAUUUUCUACAGACGAGAAUUAUAUAAUUCUGUCACUUGAAUCUGCUGUCCAAGUAUACUCCAUGGCGACCUCGCGUGCCGUUCGCGCCCUCACACCCCACGGCCGCACUCGGAUUACCGGUUGCGUGCUCUCUCCCGUCGACGAAGAGAUAGUGUACGUCUCAAACUUAUACGGCGAGGUGUUCGAAUGGAACUGGACAACUGGGGAGAAACGGCAAACCAUGCGGAUUCCAGGGUGUGUUCUGUCCAUUGGGACCGGCCCGGCGCAGAUGGAAAAUGGCGAGGACGCGACCGACCAGGCACUUAUAUUUGCGCUUGCAAAGCAGAGUAGCGGAAAGCACGAGAUAUCGCUUAACGUGUUCGAUAAAUCAAAUAAGGCCCAGUCGCGCCGUGCCGUUAUAUUGUCGACUGCCACGCCAAUCCAAGAUUUUAGGCUUGCCGCAGAUGGUUCCGUGGUUGUUGCGGUGGCCGACGAUAUUCUUGUUAUUGGUCAUCGGACUAGAGAUGCCGAGGGCGAUGACGCUAUGCAAGGAGUGGAAUAUACAUGGCGAGAGGUGCAGUUGCCUGUUAAACCGACAUGUUUCGAUAUACGAGAAGCUGCCGAGGCAACCGCAGUGAAGGGGGGGAAAGGAAUAGUGAUUGAUAUGGCACUGGGCGAGGAUGGGGGAUCCAUUGUCGUGUAUAACGAUAUAUUGAAUACGCUUCAGGGGCUGGAGAAUCCUCGUACGGCUGAACCCGGGCUAUCAUCGCAUAAGCUUCAUUGGCAUCGCGGACCUGUCAAGACGGUUCGAUGGUCGAAAGACGGAAACUAUCUCAUAUCCGGUGGCCUAGAGACUGUUUUAGUCCUCUGGCAGCUGGACACUGGCCGAAAACAAUUUCUGCCUCAUCUCUCUUCGCCAAUCUGCAACAUAGUUGUGUCUCCCAAGGGCAGCAGUUAUGCCGUGAAGCUAGAUGACAACUCUACCAUGGUUUUAACAACAUCUGAAUUGAAGCCCAUUGCCAGCAUGAACGGGCUACAGAUCCGCGACGAUGCCUCAAACAACUCGACCCAAAAUGUCCAGCACCGGCCGGUGAAAAAGACCAAAGCCAAACUCCCAGCAGGCCGGCUGCCAGUGCUCAUUCACCCGCUAUACACUGACCAUCUCCUUCUUCCCGUCUCCACGUCCCUGGCACACGAGACAUCUAUAUCAUCAUACCUCCAAACCUUCGAUAUGCGCUCCAGUCAGCAAGUCUACCGUCAGGCCCUAGCUCGCACCAACGUAUCGGUCCUCAACGUGGGCCCACAGGGGACUCAGCUUACUACCCCAGAUAUCAAGUUCAUCCAGAUGUCCUCCGAUGGCGCCUGGCUCGCGUCAGUCGACGAAUGGAGGCAAUACCAGGACGAUGUGAACGUCCUGUAUCCCGGCAUCGAACAUGGAGACCGCGAGCCAACACGGGAAAUCCACUUCAAAUUCUGGCACUGGAACGAGCAUUCUGCAGAGUGGGAACUUGUGUCCCGUAUCAACUCCCCCCAUACUUCUACCUCAGGCGAGCCAGUGUCGAUAUUGGACCUCGUGGCGCAUCCUCAGGGGUAUAUGUUCGCUACCGUAGGCUCUGACGGAUUCCUAAGACUGUGGGUUCCGGACAACAGAAGGUCGCGGAAACUGAAAAGCCGUGGGGGCAACAAUAUACCGGUUAAGUCCUGGCAGUGCUCGCAUGCCAUACCGCUGGAAACACCUGCCGCCCAGCCCGCAGCCUCCCUCAGCUUUUCAGAAGACGGCUCUACUCUCGCCGUAUGCUGGUCAAGCGCCUCUCGCGGCCAGCUCGUCCACCUCAUCGACCCUGAAACCGGACACGUCCACCUCUCACGCGAGAGUCUGUACACCGGCUCUCCACAAGGCUGCGGCUUCCUCGAUCGACACAUGGUAAUUGUCUCUGACACCAUCUCCGUCUGGGAUACAGUGUCCGACCGAAUCCUCUCCUGCAUCAGCCCGGGGGAACCCGGUAGCAAACCUCAGUCUCUCCUUGCCAUCAACCCCCGCAACCGCACUUUUGCAACCUGCUUCUCAUAUGCUUCAGUCAAACAUAAUGAAAAGACGGGCAAACCAAAGAGUAAACCGCGCUUCCAAUUCGCUAUCUUCAACCCCGAGUCGCCAUCGCUAGUAUUCCAGUCUACCCUGGAGCGUCCGCCGCUCGCUCUGCUUCCCGAUCUUAGGACAGGCGAGUAUAUAAUCGUCGAUUCAUCCGCGUGUAUAUCUCGAGCGACAUCGGGUGUGGCGUCUGUUCAUCUGGAUUCCACAUUCGCCGACUCCAACGUUCCUCUCAAGAGCGGACUGGAGGAUAUAUUCGGCUCGUAUAGGCUUCUCUCUAACGAGACAGGCAGUCGGCCAUCAGAAGAUCAGCUCCUAGCUGGUGCGACGGAGAAGAAGAGCCUGACUGAUGUGUUUGAUGUCGGGCCGUCCUUUGCCUUGCCUAGCGUUGACACACUGUUUAAAAACGUUGUUGACAUCUUUGCAAAGACAUGA